GAAAUUGUUGAGUAAAUAUGCUAGACACCGUGCAGCUCUUGGGGCAAAAUUUCAUGGAGUAAAUUGGGCUUCAGUUCAAGAACUACCUGCACCUCCUUUACCUUGCAAGAGACGGAUUCAAACAAUGAUGAGGAAUGAUAAAGUUCGUAAGGCGGUCAUGAGGCUUUGCAAUCUACUCAGUGAGCGUUAUGCAAAACAUCUAAAGACGGAAUCAGAUUCUGUUGAGCAUCGUAAAGAUGAAGGAAAAUGGGAUGACUUCAAUGAAAAGAGUAUAAGCCAAGCCUUUAAUAAUGUUCUUGAGCUCAAGAAGAUGGGUAAACUGAUGCCCUCUCAACGGACGAGACCUGAAAUUCACACAGAGGACAUUCAAACUGUUUCUAUUGAUCAAGUUAAAGAUACAUCGCGUCUUCAUCAGAUUUUUAAGCAUGUAGAUGAAAAGGACAAUGGUUGUAUACAAGUGCAGGAAUCUCUGGUAGUGUCUACCGCUGUUGAACUGUUAAAGCUUGUGUUUCUAAGCAUGCCUACUGCACCUAGUAUGCCAAAUUUACUGGAAGAUACCUUACGACGAUAUUCCGAGGGUGACCUCUUCACCGCCUAUAGCUACCUCCGAGACAAAAAGUUCUUGGUUGGUGGAAGUGAUGGACAACCAUUUGUGUUAUCUCAGAAUUUCUUGCAUAGUAUUUCAAAGUCACCAUUCCCGGUUAAUACUGGGAAAAGAGCUGCCAAGUUCUCAAGUUGGCUUGUCGAACACGAAAGAGAACUUAUGGAUGAGGGAGUCACUCUUACUUCAGAUUUGCAAUGUGGUGAUGUUUUGAAUUUCUUUUCAUUGGUUGCUUCUGGUGAACUCUCUUUAUCUGUAUCUUUGCCUGAAGAAGGUGUUGGGGAGCCUGAACAUCGAAGAGGUUUAAAACGUAGAGCUGAGGAUGUAGAAGAAUCUGAACUUGAUAGUGCUAAGAAAUUUAAGUUACUAGGUGAAGGUGAAAUCAACGUCCGAAAGGAAAAGGGUUUCCCUGGUUUAGCAGUAUCUGUUCAUCGUGUAACUAUACCAAUAGCUAACGCAAUAGAGUUGUUUAAGGAUGAUGACUCUUGGUCCGGUGAACUUCAUUUCAUGUCGGGAGAAACAAAUAAUGGCUGUGGUUCUGAUGAUAUGAAAGAACUUUUGGACUCUAAGGAUGCUACUGUGAUACCAGGUAGUUUAGUUGAUUCUCCUUGGCAAGCAAUGGCUAGUGUUGCUAGUUGUAUUAUGUCCGGUUCUGCAGAGGAGCAACAGAGUUUAAUCAGUCCCGAGGUUUUCGAAGCGGUUUCCAAUGCCCUUCACAAGGCUGGUGACCAAGGUCUAAGCAUUGAAGAAGUCCACUUUCUUAUUAAUAUUCCAAGCCAAGAAACUUGUGACUGCAUUGUAGAAGUACUUCAAACAUUUGGAGUAGCUUUGAAGGUAAAUGGCUAUGAUAAUUUCCGUCUUGUCCAUUCGCUCUACCGAUCAAAGUACUUCUUGACAUUGGCGGAUGGUGGAACUACCCAAAAUGGUCAACAGUCUCAACCAGCGAACUACGUAGAAAAAGCUUUGGAGGAACAUAGGUCAAACGAUGUUGUCACCAGCGACUACAGUACUUCAAAAGACAAGCAAGUUCAUGUUUCUGAGAACAGCGUUCACAAGGUCACGAUUCUUAACAUUCCUGAAAUGGCUGAAACAAGCGGUUUGCAAGAGGAAUCUACCAAAGCUCCAUCUGUUACUUUUGGAACGAGCAUCGAAGGCGAAACGAAGGAAUCAACUUCUGUGAAGUCACAACCUAUAUUUCCAUGGAUAAACGCAGAUGGAUCAGUAAAUAAAGUUGUAUUCGAUGGACUAGUUCGUCGCGUUCUUGGUACCGUGAUGCAAAAUCCCGGUAUACCAGAGGAGGAAAUCAUAAACCAAAUGGACGUACUAAAUCCUCAGAGCUGUAGAAAGCUUCUGGAGUUGAUGACACUAGAUGGGUACAUGAAAGUAAGGGAAAUGGUGCAAACCAAAUUUAGCGGUCCUCCGUCUUUGUUAACCGGUCUUCUCUUUACCGGUCAUAGAAAAACGGAACUUAUCAGCCGGAAACACUUCUUUGCCAACUCCAAGGGACUCUUUGCAUUGUAA